AUGGUGACCCCGACCCAGGCCCCCACAAAGGCUCCUCAGGAACCUGACCCAUUUUACUAUGACUAUGACACUGUGCAGACUGUGGGCAUGACUCUGGCUACCAUACUGUUCUUGCUGGGGAUCCUCAUCAUUAUUGGCAAGAAGGUGAAGUGCAGGAAAGCGGACUCCAGGUCUGAGAGCCCAACAUGUAAAUCCUGUAAGUCGGAGCUUCCCUCCUCAGGGUCAGGUGAGGUGAUGGAGGACCCCUUCUUCUAUGAUGAGGACGCCCUCCGGAAGCGGGGUCUGUUGGUGGCAGCUGUGCUUUUCAUCAUGGGCAUCAUCAUCCUCACCAGUGAGAAUGGGGUGGGCUGGAAGGGACCCUGA